CGACGUGUUGAGGCAAUCUGAGUAUCAAGGAUACUCCAAGAUAGCUUCUUCUCCGUCAAAUUUAGUCUGAUCAACCUUUAAAAACACAAUACGACUUUUGUAAUUGCUCCCGAUUACCCUGAUUACCUCCUUUACAUUGCGCAAUGAGAUGCUUGCUUGCCAAAAAUUAAGAUGAAUCAGCUUAGCAGGUCGUCGGAACCGAACAGAAUAAAUACAGAGGAAGACCGGAAUGACUCAGAUUCUCAAACACAUGAUGAGGAAAUGCACAACAUGUCCCAAACCCUAGCGGACAGAAUUGAACUUAGAAAACAAUAUCAGCAUUUAUACUCUGAAAUAGCGUUCAAUGAAAACACGCUCAAGGAAGCUACCAAAGAAAAUUUCAAGCAGAUGGCAUGGAUGCUAGAACAAAAUGAUCUGCUUUUUAGCAAUGUGAGAACGACUCGUGAGGCCACAUUGGAUACAAACUUGCUGUUGCAUACCAUGAACACAAUCACAGAACAAGCGCAAAAGCUUCAGCCAGGCUUGCAAUAUUACAGCACACAAAAAUAUUUUACUACGUUACUAGAAAGAAUAACUUCUAAUGCUCAGGCAUGGGCAGAUAUUGGUCUAGAAACGCUAGAUCUAGCCUAUUUCACACCUUCACCGGUUUUCGUGCUAAGCAUUUCAGAAGCGUCGACUGAACCAAAUAAGUCGAGAGUUCGUAGACCAAGGGCUUCUACGACUAUUGAAAAUGCGACUAGACCCUCGGAAGUAACAAACCAGGAAGAUGAUUUAUCUAGUGAAGCAACAAAACGAAUUGAGAGGCUCGAUAUGCUACUAGGAAGGGCCGGCGAUACCAAAUUUUGGGAGUUUCUCCAAAACUCAGAUGAGGAAGUUGGAUACGGGAAAACAAUCGAAAACCUUUUUUAUUGUUCAUUUUUGGUCAAAGAUGGAUAUGCUGGUCUGUCCAUAAAAGACGGUAAGAUACCAUAUAUUAAAAGAAAAAAUCCGUCCACAUCAGAGAAGGACGCCAAUGGUGAGGUUAAAAGAAGCCAGUCUGUCGUCAAGUUCGAUUACUCUAUGUGGCUGAAACUAAAGGAAACGACGCAAAAAAGCGCAUCUUCUUUUUCAGAAUAGUUUUAUUCUUCAAUGUACUCUAUUUUACAUUCUCCGAAAGACAGAUUUUGAUGCAUCUUAUUUGGACGUGAUUCACAUCAAUAGAAGUAUGUGCGUAGUCUUGCUAUAACACAAUA